AUGGUGAAGCAGAUCACAGGGGAGGCUGUGAAGUCUCAGGCCACGCUAAGGGUAAAACUGGAGAAGAAGAAUCACCCCUGGGGAGGAGCUGGGGAGAGGAGAGGAAUCCCUGUUGGUGCUGCUGACUAUGAUGAGGACAACAGUUGUGCAGAACUGGCUGACAGGGAUAUGGAAAUGUUGGAAUUUGGCAUGUCAUACCCCGCAAAGAAACUAAGGGAUUUUAUAGAUCCUGCACCCACCUUGCCACCAGGCUCAGUUGUUCGUCCUGGAAAGGAUGUCUGUGGAUUCUAUCCUGGGCAACUAGGACGGGUCCACAAAGCACAUGCAUCCAGAAGGGCUCCAGGACCUUUCAGUAAACUGCAACCAGCUCCAGUAAACUACGAAGCUGAAACUCCAGUCCAGCCCGACUUUGACAAUUCAGCUCUCAGGAAGUAUGUGCAUUUUCAAAAAAUAAUGAAAAAGACCACCAGUGACUGGUACAACCAAACUUCAUACAAAGCAGCAUUUGACUUGCCGUAUCUCAACACAACUUACUACUGGCUUGCGACAGACAACCAAAAGCCUUUUGCCAAUGAGUGUGGCAAUUCCUUUAAGGCCAAAGGGCUCUUGACCAAUGAAGACAGAAAAAAAGCAGAACAGCGAAUUUUGGCUAGAGAAAAAACUACAAAUGCCUUCAAAACCAUUUAA